UUUUAUUUUAGAUGUAAUCAUAAUUUUAAUAAAUAUAACAUUAAAUACACAAUAUAAUACAAUAUUGUGUAAUUGGGAGGGGAUACAAGCCUUUCCCAGUGGAAAGUGAAACCCUAAAAUUGCAUCAUUUCCUUGCCAUGCAAAAUAUGCCAUGCUUUGAAAGCAGGAAAUCGAUGCCAUAAGAGCAAGAAAAUCAGAUCCCGUUCCGGUCUGCAAUGAAUGGACGCUUGGAAUGCUUCAGCAUGGGUGGACGUUGGCCAAAUGGUCAGUCUCCCUUUUGUAUGCCCAGUGUUAUUAUCCUGCAACACCUUGCCGUUUCCUGACACUCGCUUUCCAAAAUCUGAUGCAUCAUCCAAGGUGGGAAGAGGAGAAGCGUCAGGAUGGGGCGAAGUGGCACCAGCUGCAACACAAAGGACCUUAUUUUGCUCCACCUUAUGAACGUCUUCCAAAUGGCGUCAAGUUCUAUUACGAUGGUAAACCAAUGAAGCUCAGUCCCGCUGCCGAAGAGGUAGCAACGUUCUUUGCAAAGAUGCUGGACCACGAAUGCACAGCCAAAGCUGCCUUCCGGAGGAACUUCUUCAAUGACUGGACCAAGGAGAUGACGCCAGGAGAGAGGUGCAAAAUUAAAGAUCUGCGGAAGUGCGACUUCAGAGAGAUCCACCAGUAUUUUGUCGAGAAAAGUGAAUCCCAGAAAGCUCUGUCCAAAGAACAAAAACAGAAAUUGAAAGCGGAGGCAGAGAGAAUCCAGGAGGAAUAUGGCUACUGCAUCAUUGACGGGCACCGGGAGAAGAUUGGCAACUUUAAGACGGAGCCUCCGGGUCUCUUCCGGGGCCGCGGAGCCCACCCCAAGAUGGGGAAGCUCAAGAAGCGGAUCCAGCCGGAAGAUGUCAUCAUCAACUGCAGCAGGGAUUCAAAGAUCCCUCGUCCUCCUCGAGGCCACAAAUGGAAAGAAGUGAGAAGUGACAACACCGUCACCUGGCUGGCAUCGUGGACGGAGAAUAUUCAAGGGUCCAUAAAAUACGUUAUGCUGAACCCCAGUUCGAAGUUGAAGGGAGAAAAGGACUGGCAGAAGUACGAAGUGGCCCGCUGCUUGAAAGGGGUGGUCAAAAAGAUCCGCUCUCAGUACCGAGCUGAAUGGAAAUCCAAAGAGAUGAAGAAGCAGCAGAGAUCGGUGGCACUCUACUUCAUUGACAGGCUGGCCUUAAGAGCCGGGAACGAGAAAGAGGAGGGCGAGACGGCCGACACGGUGGGCUGCUGCUCCCUGCGCGUGGAGCACAUCAGGCUGCAUCCGCGGCUGGGUGGCAAGGAGAGCGUCGUGGAGUUCGAUUUCCUGGGGAAGGACUGCAUCCGAUAUUAUAACCAGGUGCCUGUGGAGAAACAGGUCUUCAAGAAUUUGAAACUAUUCAUGGAGAACAAAGAUCCUGGAGAUUGCCUUUUUGAUCAGUUGUCUACCACUUCCUUAAAUAAACACCUCCAGGACCUGAUGGCUGGCUUGACGGCCAAGGUCUUCAGAACGUACAAUGCUUCCAUCACUCUGCAGGAACAACUGGACGCGUUGACAAAGCAGAAAGACAGCGUUGCGGCUAAGCUGCUUUCCUACAACCGAGCCAACCGUGCGGUCGCCAUCCUGUGCAACCACCAGCGGGCAACGCCAAAGACCUUUGAGAAGUCUAUGAAGAACCUUCAAGCAAAGAUCGAUUGCAAAAGGGACCAGUUGUGCGAUGCAGAAAGGGAGCUGAAGAGAGCGAAGGCAGAACACAAAGCCAAAAAGGAUGCCAAAUCAAAAGCUGCUCUGGAGAAGAAAAUUAAGCGAAUAGAGACGAUUGAAGAGCAGUUGGCAAAGCUGGACAUGCAAGCCACGGAUAAGGAGGAAAACAAGCAGAUUGCGCUGGGCACCUCCAAGCUGAAUUACUUGGACCCCCGCAUCACUGUGGCCUGGUGUAAACGGUUCGACGUUCCCAUCGAGAAGAUUUACAACAAGACCCAGAGGGAGAAGUUCGCUUGGGCCAUUGCCAUGACGGAUGAGAAUUUCAAAUUCUAGCAGAUUCUUUCAAAUUGCGAUUUGCCUGCAUUGUUUGGGACUUCUGUCGUGUCCUCUUUGGUGAAUCUAAAAUACAUCUAGUAGAGGAAGAUCUGGUGCUCUAGCUUCUUCUUUUUGUACCAAAAGAGAAGAAAUGCAGUUUUGGGCUUUGGCUUCAGAAUGUAUGAGCCACCUCUCCUUUUGGGUUACCUAAUAACAACAAAAGGGUUGCUUGGAAGUACCUUUAGUUACUCUGGUUGUUUUCCCGUAAUACCAAGGCCCUUUUCUCUCCAACGGUGGAGGUCCAAGAAGGCACCGACUUUGCCAAUGGUUUUCCUAAUCUUAUCUUCUCUGCAUCAGAGAUGCUUUCCGUUUAUCCUUUUGUAAGUUUGCACAUUUGGAAAAUUGAGGUCGAUAGCAACAAGGUCCUGUUUACAUGGCAUGCAAUGGGAUCAGUGAUUGAAUUUGCACUUAAUAGUAGUUGUGCUGAGACGAAGAGCAGAGAGGUGGGCCUUUUGGAGCAUAAUUUUUAACUUUGGGAGGAAAGUAUCUCAGCUUGCUGCCUCUUGCAGCAGAAUAUAGGAAAGUGUGUUUUAUUGGAGAGUUAAGAAAGAAACACAGCCACUAAGAGCAACGUGUCAGAGAAAUUUUGGGGGUAUAUGCGCAGCGGAAGAGGGUGCUACAUCACAGGACUCCAAAAAUCAGGACUCUGCAGUCUUACAGUUGCAAAAUAACACAAAGUUUACUAAGGACAUCUACACAGGUCCAUUCUUAGCGGGCUAUAAUCAGGAACUACAAAGCACAGCACAAACAGUUUCUGAACAUCUGCUUAUCAGUCCUCCGGCUGUAACCGGAUCCUCCUUCUACUUCCCACAGCCAGAGAACAUGUUAUCUCAUUUCUGUCAAGGUUACAUUUUCUCUGCUUCUCACAGUAUUUCUAAUACACAAUUGAACAUAAUAGAAUCCAUCUUGAAAUACAUCUUAAUCCAUCUUGAAUUACAUAGAAACACAUUGAAAAACACACAUGCAUACCUCAAUAAUCCUGACACAAAGUAGGAAUUUUACACAAUGUCAUUCCAUUUUGGUUUUUGAAUCUGUCCAAGAGUGAGUGGUUCGUACGAAUCUAGCACUGUCUUCACUGGAUGUGCAAUGGUUCAAUUUAGGAAGGGAAA